UAGAGCCCCCAAGGGCCUCAGAGGCUCCUGCGAGACUCCAGCCGUGGAAAGGCCACCGGGCCAGCGCAGGGACAAUGGCAGUGCCCUGGGAGGACUAUUUCCGGCAGGUCUUGCAGGAGAAACUGCCUCAGAAGACACCGGAGAAGAACGGGGCCCACUUCCCACCCGGGCUGCGCCUCCUGGAGAAGAGGCGAGAGCUGGCGGAUGCAGAUCGGGAUCUGCAGGCCCGGAGGAAGGAGUUCCACACCAGGAUGGCAGCCCUGAAGCAGCGCUGGGAAGAGCUGGCACAGAAGGAGCAGAAGCUACAGGGGUCCUUUGUCCGCUUUGAUAAGUUCCUGCAGGACGCCGAGGCCCGGCGGAGCCGCGCACUGCGAAGGGCGGCGGAGGAGCGACACCGGGCGGGCCGCCAGGAGGCCGAGGCGCUGCGGCUGCGGGCUCAGCUCCAGGAGCUGCAGCUGCAGCGCACGCGGCUGCAGCGCCGGCUGCAGAAGCUGGAGCCCUGCGCGCGCCUGCUGGAGCGAGCGCUGGAACGGCUGCCCGAGUUUCAAGAGGUUCCAGAGCUGGUGGCUCGUUUCGACAGCCUGGCAGACACGCAGGUGGCACUGAGGCUCACGGAGCGCGAGCUGCUGGCGGAGCUGGAGGCGACGCGGGCGCGGCUGCAGCGGCUGCGGGACACCGGGCAGGACGAGCUGCUCGCGCAGGCCCAGCAGCGGUCACAGCUGCAGGAGCGACUGGAGGCCGCGCGGGAGCGCACGCUGCAGUGGGAGUCCAGGUGGAUUCAGACCCAGAACGCUGCCGCCGAGAAGACCCUGCUCCUGGGCCGCACGAGGAUGGCAGCGCUGGACCUGUUCCAGACGGUGUGCCAGUACCUGCGACGGCCGCCCGCCCUGCACCCUGAAGACACUGAGGGGCAGCUGGAGCAGGUGAAGCUGUUCAUCCUAGACCACUCGGCCGUGCUGGCCAGCCAUCGCCAGACUGAGCCUGCGGCCGCCGUCUUCCAGCCCUGACCCAGGGAGACUGCACUCGUGGCCUAGCAGAGGAACUCAAGGAAGGUUUAUUACACGAAAAACCACCGAGCUGAGCACCAGGGCCCAGGCCCAGGUGACCACGACCUCUGAACCAGAACUCACGGAGCCGCAGUGACUACGCUGCCAACUCAGGUCUCGGCCCCGGCUCUGCUGGCGAACUCCUACACGCCCGGCAGGGCCCCUAUCGAUUGGCUCUCAGCAGAGGCAGGGGCCACCCCGCCACGCAGCCCUUCUUCUUGGACGCGGCUCCGGCAGGCGGCUCCCCAGUGGCGCACGGGAAAUGACUCGGGGCCAGCCGGGUCCUGUCCUUACAUCCUCUUCCUCAUCUUGCCCUUCCUGGAGGGGGCGCCCCGGCCAAAGGCGCCCUGCUGCAGCUCCCGGACCCGGCGGCGGUUGCGCGCAGAGAGCUGCUUGAGGCCCCCGCGCUGCAGGAAGCGCAUCUUCUGGGCCCGGCGUCUCUGCUUCAGGAUCUGCUGCUUGGUCUUGAGCUCUGAGCGCACGCGGCCUGCGGGGGCUCCGGGGGCCCGGGGCUGGGAGGCACCUGCCAGCACAGGACGGGGCUGAGCCUCUGGGUCUCCCCCAGGGCCCCAGGCUCCUCCCCUGCCCUGCUCCCAGCGCCGCUCCACACUGUGGCCCCAAGUGUCUGGUAGGCAGUAGGCACUUCAUAAGGAGAGAAGGGGGAGGAAAGACUGGGAAGGUCAAAGAGCCAGAGAGGAAGGCACAGGGGGACGGGACAGAGCCACAGAGGAGCGAGCGAAGCCUGGAGCCUGGGAGGAGACAGGCGGCCCGCCCAGCACCUCAGGGCUGCAGGAGAUAAGCAGGGGCCAAGGCCAGCCAGGUGGGGUGGCCGGCAGUGGGCAGCCUGUUCAGUCCCUGCCUGUAGAGUGGGCACCCUCAGUCUCUGGUCCUGCAGGUCACGUGGCCUGUCGCAGACACAGCCUGUCCCCACACAGCAAGUGGGAGCGCAGCCCUAACAGCAAGCUAAGCCAUGGAGUUUGGGGGCAGGGCUGGGUUGGGAGGGGCCAGGCUGCACAUGCGUCCAUCAGAGCAUGACAAGGACUGAGUGGGGUCAGAGGGCAGGCAGUGGCCUCUGCUCCUCAUGCUGACCCAGGGCCUUGCACCAGGGGUCUGUCCCAGGGCGUGGCCCAGGCCCACCAAGCACAGACUGGCGGGCAGAGUGGCUUCCGAUCCCAGCUGAGGCGGGCCCAAAGACCCAGCCCCACAGGGCCCAGGGCAGGGGCGAGGCCCACUCUUCCUGGAGACCUCCCAACCCCGCAGUCGCCUCCUCCCUGAACCAGAGCGGCUUGUGACCUCCAGCUUUUGCAAAGUGAACUCUACAGUGCUGCAGAACAUCAGUCCUGACCUGUCCCCGGAGAACCUUCUGCUCACCCCACCAGGUCCAGCCACACGCACCCGCGCUGGUGCAGGCCACAUGGGGUGCAGCACACCCGCUCCCGGCCCUCCCCAGGCUUCUGAUGGACAUGCUUAAUGAAAUCAGCCGCUCACCUGCCAAAAGCUACAUGGUCAUCCGUGCUUCCCCUGAGGUGGGGGGCUGGGGACAAGCACUAAGGGGACCGCUCCUCCAGUGCCUUCAGGGGGUGCUAGCGACCCUGGGGGAGGCCAGGUCAAGUCCACUGAACGACUUGACAGGGGCUGUGGUUUUGGCAACCACGACCAGCGGGCUUGUGGGCGGGGUCUUUGCGAGCGGGUAGUGCUGCGGGUCUCCAGGGCCUGGGCGGUGCCCGCCUGGCUGGACCAGCUUGGGGCUCCUGGCUGUGCCUGCUUUUCCCCAGCUUGACCGCACCUGCCCUGUCCACCUGCACACUUGCCUUCCCCACCCGGAGUCUCACCUGGGCCACGCCCUCGCUUCCCACCUCUUCGUGCUGGGCCUCGCCGGUCAAAUGUCCCUUCCUCCUCUGAGUCCCGAUCAUCAAUUUUCUGUUUCUGUUUCCACUUCUGGUAGCUGAGGAGCCACGUUAAGGAAACCACACGUGGCAUCCGUCCCCCACCACAGCGGCCACAAGCCCCCCUUAGACAGACUGGGGCUGCAGAGCCGCCUGUCCCCGCCCCUGAGCCCCCCCCCCC